AGAAAUGUUACGAGCAAUUCAUUAUCUUAUUAUAACGGAUAAAAAAAUAAAUCAUAAAAAUUAAUUUUUCUAAAAUAAUAUGAAUUUCGCGCUUUAAAAACGAGUAUCAUUGUUAUUCACUACGUUGAACAAAAGUAUAAAUAAGUAACCGGCAACUACAAUUACAAAUAAGCGAAAUAAAUUGAAUUCUAUGAGCGAACAAUAAUCGGUGAAUCUACUCGUCGAUGUUCCUAAUCAUAAGACACACAUGAUAUAGAAAUCAGUCACGACAACAUACACCGAAAUGUCACAGUAUUAUCAGGAACAACGUCAAUGACAAUAGGUAGCCAUCUUGACUUUUGGUGCGCGAAUACCGCGGACUAUUGAGGAGAGUGUCUGUCGCGUUAUAGACUAAACAAUCGUGAACCGUUUAACUAUGUCUGCGGUUUUUUUCUGGAAUUGAUUAGCCCUUGUUGCAAAUUGAAGUUUUCCACGGCCGAUAUACCCAGGUGCAGGACAGACUAUGCAAAAGUGAGUGAGGGCGCACGACUCGCGCCCUGGGAGGCGAGGCAUUUCUCGCCGUAUUUGUCAUACGACUUGCGUGUAAAAGGUGGGCGACACGACGACGGUAUACACGACGCGCCUUCGUGCCGUCUUACACAUACGUCGUAAACGUCGCUCGAUUUCCGGAUUCGAGUUUCCUGAAAACGACGUCCUUGACUUGGUACUGUUUGACAGCUAGAAAACUAACCCUUGGUUCGAUGCCCUUCAGUGCGAACGAAUCUUUUAUAUAACCGGUUUACACAUUUUACAAUAUGCUGCCGACUUGUGCGAGCGUGCGACCGCGACGCGUUUUUAUAACACGUGAAUUCGUGGUCGAAUGACAUUCAAAAACUAGGAAGCAAACGGUUCGUGUUCCAUAUUCAGCUUCACAUCAUUUGUAAUAUCGAAGCUCAUCGUAUACGUUUGAAAACUACGCUGUGAAACCAUGAAUGCUUCAGAACAUGGGUUUAACCCAGCCUUUAACAUGGCCUCCAUAAAACAAGCUUUUAACGAGGCAGUAGAAAGAGUCUCAACAGUUAGAAUGCCUGCACCGACACGACUAAGGGAUCUCAUCAGGCAAAUAAGAGCUGCACGUACCGCAGCAGAAGAGAGAACAGUCGUUAAUAAAGAAUGUGCGUAUAUUCGUUCUACAUUUAGAGAAGAAGACAGUGUAUGGAGAUGUCGCAAUAUUGCAAAACUCCUAUAUAUUCAUAUGCUUGGGUAUCCAGCUCAUUUUGGCCAAUUAGAAUGUUUAAAACUCAUUGCAUCUCCAAGGUUUACGGACAAACGAAUUGGUUACUUGGGUGCAAUGUUACUGUUAGAUGAACGACAGGAUGUUCAUCUUCUAAUUACAAAUUGCUUAAAAAAUGAUUUAAAUAGCGCAACACAGUUUGUUAAUGGUUUAGCAUUAUGUACCUUGGGUGCAAUUGCAUCACCAGAAAUGGCAAGAGAUUUGGCAUCUGAAGUUGAAAGGCUAAUGAAAUCACCAAAUGCAUACCUUCGAAAAAAAGCAGCUCUUUGUGCAUUUAGAAUCAUUAGACGUGUACCAGAAUUGAUGGAAAUGUUUUUACCUGCUACUCGCAGCUUAAUUACAGAAAAAAACCAUGGAGUAUUAAUUACGGGUGUUACACUUAUCACAGAAAUGUGUGAAAAUAGUGUCGAUACAUUAAAUCAUUUUAAAAAGGAAUGCGGCCAUCGAGAGAUUGUGCCAAAUCUUGUAAGAAUUUUGAAGAAUUUGAUCUUAGCUGGAUAUUCACCAGAGCAUGAUGUGUCAGGUGUAUCUGAUCCUUUCCUACAAGUAAAAAUAUUACGCCUUUUACGAAUUUUGGGACGCAAUGAUAUUGAUGCAUCAGAAGCAAUGAAUGAUAUACUUGCACAAGUCGCAACAAAUACGGAAACUAGUAAAAAUGUUGGUAAUACGAUAUUGUAUGAAACUGUAUUAUCUAUUAUGGACAUAAAAUCAGAGAGCGGACUUAGAGUGUUGGCGGUGAAUAUAUUGGGCCGAUUUUUAUUAAAUAAUGAUAAGAAUAUUCGAUACGUUGCUUUGAAUACAUUAUUAAAAACAGUUUAUGUAGACACAAGUGCAGUCCAAAGACAUCGUUCAACAAUUUUGGAGUGUUUGAAAGAUCCAGAUGUAUCAAUUAGAAGACGAGCAAUGGAGCUCAGUUUUGCACUCGUGAAUUCUAACAACAUUAGAAAUAUGAUGAAGGAAUUGUUGCUAUUCUUGGAACGUGCUGAUCCAGAAUUUAAAGCACAAUGCAGUAGUAAUAUAGUAAUGUCUGCCGAGAGAUUCGCGCCGAAUAAGCGUUGGCACCUUGAAACCUUAUUUAAAGUUCUUGUUGCUGCUGGUAAUUAUGUCAGAGAUGAUGUAGUAGCAUGUACUAUUCAAUUAAUUUCGGAAACUCAGUCGCAACAAAGUUAUGCUGUCAGUGCAUUAUGGAAAGCAUUAGAAAAAGAUACAUCCGAUAAACAACCUUUGGCUCAAGUAGCAACGUGGUGCAUUGGUGAAUAUGGUGAUUUAUUAUUAUAUGGGCCACCAUCGGAAGAUGCAGAUACUCCAGUCAAUUUAACAGAAGACGAAGUUAUCGAUGUCUACCAAAGGUUAUUAUGGAAUCCACAAAAUACAGUUGUUACAAAACAAUAUACAUUAUUGUCUCUGACGAAACUUAGUACACGAUUUCAAAAGGGAAACGAAAAAAUUCGUCAAAUAAUCGAUACUUUUGGAAGCAAUUUACAUAUCGAAUUGCAACAACGGGGCAUUGAAUUCUCACAAUUGUUCAGAAAAUAUGAUCAUUUACGACCUGCGUUACUUGAAAGAAUGCCUCCGAUGGAAACGGCAAGACCACAAGCUAAUGGCAUUAUUGGUAUGGUAAAUGGUGAACCAGAACCGGAAGAGGAAAAAUCAACAGUCUUGGAAACAAGUACACCACCAUCUGAUUCAAGUGCACUUUUAGAUUUGCUUGGAACUACUGACAUAGGAGUGACAUCUACAGUGUCAAAUAAAAAUCCACCUGUCAAUACAACUUCUGUAGUAAACAAUAAUGAUCUUUUGGAUUUACUUGGUAGUUUGGAUUUAAGUGCGCCUACAUCUACAUCUACAUCUAUACUGCCACAGGCCCAAACGCCAACGCAAGUAUUUAGUCCUACAAACACGAACAACUUUUUAGUGGAUGGUUUACUUAAUUCAUCAUCAACCCAAAACGAUACGCCCACUAUGGUUGUAUUGGAUAAAUCAGGACUUAAAAUAACUUUCAGAUUAGAAAGACCUCCAGAUAUUGCUGAUUUAUUAAUUAUAAACAUGUCAGCACAGAAUUCUGGAAAUGUUAUGCUAACUGAUUUUCUGUUUCAAGCAGCAGUUCCUAAGACAUUCCAACUACAAAUGUUGUCUCCAUCGAGCACAGUCAUUCCUCCAUCAGGGCAAGUAACACAAGUCUUGAAAGUUACGAAUAUCAACAAAGUACCUCUAAGAAUGAGAUUACGUAUCUCGUAUACUGGAUCAUCAGGACCAGUCUUGGAACAAACAGAAGUAAAUAAUUUUCCUCCAUUGGCAUCACAGUGACAACAUAUAUCAAGGAAAACAAUUGUACAUAUGCCUGUCUAAAUAAGUAACUGAGUCUGAAAUAGACUGAACUCAAUUUCAUUUCUCCAUUGGGUAAAAAGAAACAUAUUGAUAAGAGGACAUGUCUGACGAAAGAAAUGUCUGAUUAAUAAAAUCAAUAAUGGAUCAUACAUGGUACGAUUCUAAUAGCAUACAAAGUUAUAAUGAAUCUUAAUUUUAUAUCGUACAUAAAAAUUGUUUCAUCUGCUCUCACAGACCAUAUUUUAAAUUUGCAGAAAAUGUAUACUUUUCAUCAUAUCUCGUAUAUGCAAUUUUUGUAAAUACGUUUCAAUGGGAAGAGUAUUUUAGUAUUUUUAUUGUAUGCUUUAUAUAAAACAACGAAAUAUUUUUCGAAUUUAAAAAAAAUUGCACAAUAUGAAAUUGUUUUCCAUAUGUUUAAAAUAUGAAAAGAACAUGUUGAUAAAUUGGUUAUUUACAUUGUUUAUUAUAUAAAUACAUUUGUAAUUAAUUUAUAUAACGUUUAUUGGGCAGAUGGUAUGAUAUUCAUUUUGAAGUCUUUCAGAAGUAGUAAAUUUAUUGAAGGAAUGGUGAUGAUUAAAUUUCAAAUCACAGAAAGGAAUGUAAAAUUUCUCUGUACUAUGCUGCAUGUAUGAGAGACGUGUAAAUAUUUUCUCUAAUCGAAUAUAGAAAGAUAGAACAAAAUAUUACAUGCAACAUUGUUAUUUGAUCUGUUGAAUUUAUAAUCUUACAGCUUCUGAUUUAGCUUAUAAUUUUGUACAUGCAACAGUUCUUUAACAAACUGAAUGCAAGACAGAUACACAACAAAAUAUAGUAAAAUCACUCAAAAAAUGAUGGUGGAAGUUGUUUAUUCGUAAAAAUGUUGCUGCCCAAUUAUCAACAAGCACUCAAAUUUUGCUGUAAUAAUUGAUCUUUUCUACCUAUAUUUGUAAGUAAUAAAUGAACGCGAAUGCCUUGUAAAUACAUAAAUAAUUGCAGUAACAUAGGAGUGAUUAAAUUCUUAUUAUAAAGAGUUGUAAAAUGGGAUUCUUUACUAUAUGUGUUUAUGAUGUAAUUGACAUUUUAAUUAUUAAUAGAAAAACUUCUGCUUCUUUCACACA